AUGGCCCACGUCGUGCCCGACGCUGCGGCGCUGGCGUCCCUCGCUGCACAACGGCCAGUGCAGGACGUGUGCAAAGACAUGGUUGCGCAGCUUGAGACACGCGACGACGCUACAUGGGAUGCACGCAGCGCGACAUUAGAGAGCAUGGCGCGCGAUGUUAUGCAGUCGCGUACACUGCUCGAUUCUAUGCGCACGCAGCUACAAGGCUUUCACCACGAGCUGCAAUCCACAUCCGAGCAUAUCGAGUCGCUGCAGAACACAUCGUCAGCGCUAACGGACAGAGUGCGCGACGAGGAGCAGCGCGCGUCGCAGCUGUCGCAGUGGCUGCUCGCGGCGGCGCUGCCUCCAAGCGUUGUGCGCACGGUGCAUACUACGCGCACGAGCGAGGACCCGUCGGCAUGGCUUGAUGCUGUGCAGCAGCUUGAAGUGCACCUCGAAAAGAUGCAUACCCAAUUUGCCGAAAACACAGGCUCCGCGCUCGACGAACUUGCUGCGGUUGGCGAGCAGUGCAAGCGCACUGCGAUAGCCAAGAUCCGGCCGUACCUACUUGGCCUGAUCGAGCCCAUCAAGACAUCUGUUUCCACCACGCUGCCGAUCCUACAGUCCUCCGUGCUGCUCCCCAAUCAGCCUCUGUAUCAAUUCCUCGCUGCACAUGCGCCGCGCGCGGGCGCCGAAGUCCAGCUUGCGUACGUGAAUGCUGCGCGCAUUUAUUACGAUGCGGCUUUCCGGCGGUACGUGCGUGCGCUCAAGCGCAUCUUACCCCGGUGGUCCGAUGGCGCGCAUUUGGUCGCACAUGCGUGGCGCGCGAACCAGGAGCGCUUUGCGAUGGAGCGGCUCAAGUUUGCGCGCCCCAGUGCAACCGACGCGCCGAUUCUUGCGUACAUGAGCGAGGAGCCUGGCUUCCGCGUCGCACCAGAGCACCUAUUCCAUACCCUUGCGCUCGUCUUUCUCGAUACGGCGUGCUCCGAGUACGCUUUCCUCGCGCGCUUCUUCUCGGGCACCAGGAUGCACGCGCCGGUGUCUGCCGAGCAGAUGCUUUGUGUGUCCGAGUCGGAAGCUGCGGCGCUGGAAGCCAAUGCUGGCAUUGCGCGCGAGACGUGGCGCCAAGUCAUGGAGCCAGUCCUGUAUCACUUUGACGAUUUCCGACACGCACUGCUUGGUGUGCAUCCUGCGCCGCUCCUGAUGCUGCUUGUCAGUGCGACGCUUGCGACGCGCCUUAUUGCACUGGCCAAAGAGCGCAGGUGCCUCCUGUUAGAACUCGAGUCUGCAUUAAUGCGGCAUGUGCUUGAUACAUGGGCGCUAAUUGCCCACGCACUGGACCACGAGGUCGAGGCGCUCCAGCUGCUGUCGAUCGGCAAGCGCCACGACGCGACGGGCGCGCGCGCUGCGUCAUUUUUCGAGCGCUGGGGCGCGACGUUCACGACCGACGCACCGAUCGACCUGCUUUGCAUGUCUGGCGCACCGCCGCUUAUGCUGCGGCAGCUGUGCGAUGCAUAUGCGACCAAGUAUCUCGGUGUGCUACAGCUCCAUGGUGCUGAAAUCGAAGGCAGUUUACAGCAGGGGUAUGUACUUUACAUGGACUCACACAGCCUCGUACGCAUGCGCAAGGAACUCGAGCGUCUCGUGCGCGAAUACGCGGAGAACUACUGGAAGGUGCAUGCGGGCGAAGAUGCCGACGCGCCACGCAGACUGUGCGAGUGGGUAGCCGAGCAGUUUGCGCCCUUCUCCGAUACCCAGGCACAACAGGAGAUGGCGCACUGGAAAGCGCUCGCUGCGUCGCUCUCAUAG